GCCACUCGCCUCUUCUCCUAAGGUACCGUCUCUUAUUCCACAGCAACUGUGCCAGCCUUCCACCACCGCGCGAGUGUCGCCGGCUUCCUACUGUGAAACCACCACCACUCCUCACGGCGUCACUACCUCCCAUCACACCACAACUCCUACCGCGCGCCACCUUCGAGCUCGCCAUCACAUCCACAGCGACACUAAAUCCCACCACGCCAAGCAACGUCUACAGCGCUGCAUUAAUUUCCGACAAGCAACGGUCAUCGCUCAGCCGCCAUUGACUUUGAACAUUCCGUUGUGAGCAUUGACAAUAAUGGAAUCGAUAGUGAAAAAGUUUCGGUCAAAAUUCCUAAAAGUUAGGGAAGAGAUAAAUCGAUGGGACGAACUUCAAUCUUGCUUAAUUUCACAGUUUAGGAACGCUUCCCAUAUUGUCGAUAGGUUACAGUUGCUUCAAAAUUCCAACAAUCAUGGUGUUCUAAAUUGUGUCAGUGGCAUGAGAGGUGCUCUUUUGGAGAAGCAAAUUGAAUCGCUCAGCAACAUUUUGGUUUCCAUGCGAAAGACUUUGGAAGAGUUUCGUUGUAUUGCCUUAUCUCUUGACAAAAUUCACCGAGACAGUAGACAACUAGUGAACGGCGGUUCUUCUCACCUGAAUAAGAAACAACUGCAGCAACAAGUUGGCAUGAAACCUAGUCUUAUUUAUUGCCUUGAUAGCCUGAUGUUUAUACAUGAGAUAUACAACUCUGAAUAUUUAUUAAAAUCAUCAGUGAUCUCUGCGCUAUCAGAAAUGGCUUUAAAACCCAGUGUUAGUGAUCUUGGUGCACUUCAGCAACUCUUGGUUGAUCAACCCAAUAUCCAAACUGAGGAAGUUCAAUUUGUAUUUGAUAUGAUAUUUGCCGAAGAACUGAGUUGAUGAUCCUUCUCUCUACUAUGGAUGUUGACUAGGAACUGGGUUAUGCAUCAGUUUUUUUUUUUUUUUUAUUUUAUCUUUAUUUAAAUACUUUUUGACAAUAUACUGUCAUAUUUGGACUUCCAGUUUUCUUUGAAUUGAUUAGGAUUUUAAAUUUUAGAAACUAAUAUAACAUUAGGAUUUGGGUUAAAUAUCGUUUCCAAAUAUAAGGAAGCAAAAGGAAACAGUCUUUUUUGGGAUUAAAAGAAAGUAUUUGUAUAUUUAGAUUGACUGAAAAUAUAUGUAAUCCUUGAAUUUUUUAUA